UCAUACAAGUAUUUUCAGACUUCAGUACCCCACUGUUCUGAUGGUUGUAGCACCACAACGUAUUUUGGUAUUAGGUUAGACUAUGUUCCAGAAGAUAAUUUGGAUGUAAGCCUUCCCAGUAUUCCAAGACACUGUCUGAGAGUUAGAACCUGAGGUAAGACAUGGUAUAAGGCAGUUACCCCUGGACAGCUCAUAUGUCCAGCUUUAGCCAUACUGUGCCUAUCAGCAGUGUGGCUGGGAUAAGGCAUGGCAUCACCCUGGCAACAAGACUCAGGAGCAGGUUCUGGCUUUGCCAUUGAAGUCUGGGUGACCUUGAACAGCCCAUCUUCAGAACCUCUGUUUAGAAGGGCCUCUCUCUUAGCUCCAGCAUUCUCCAGUUCCAGGAUUCUAGGGCAGGGGGCCCCAGGAGUACUAGGGGAGAUUGUGAAAGGAUAGCCCAGACUCACGUCUACAGGAAGUCCCACAGAUGAACACAGGAGAUCUGCUAGCUGGGGAACGGAAAGAGUGAUUAGGCAAGAGACAAGGCUGUUAACAGUUACAGAGCUCCCGGGCUCCUCGGGGCAGUGGUUGCCUCAUCACCAGGUCCAGGAGGCACAGGGCUGCGUUCAUGACUGGGAGCCUUUGAGAGACAAAAGCAGCAUGGAGAGUGGACAGAGAGUGUCCCGAAAAGGCCGGAAGCUGGGCUCCAGCCGCCGGUGGCAGACACGAGAACCGGCUGAUGGCCAGGAUGCCCUCAUGGCCCCAGAGUCAGAAUCCUGGUCCUCCCAGGCAGCUGCAGAACUGCAGGCCUUCUUCCAGGACUGUGGCGCCAAGGAGAGGGGCUUUGUCACCCGAGAGGACCUGGCGGUGGCCAAGUUCAGCUUCCUGGGCAGUGAGGAGGAACCAGAGAUGAUCUUUGACUGGGUGGAUGUGGAGCAGAAGGGAUGUCUCUCCCUGGAAGAAUUCAGCUCUGGGCUCAAGAACAUCUUUGGCUCCAGCCCAAGUGCCCACAGGCUCCGCAGACGGAGGACCCCGCACUCUAAGCGAGGAUCUGCAGUCGCCAGCUUUCCAGGGCUGGAGGAGGCUGACGCUGGGGAGAAGGAGGCGUUCUUUACCUUCAUGGAGCAGCUGGGGUCCAACCACCUACUUCCCGAGCAGGCGGAGAUCUGGCAGCUGUGGGGGAAGCUGCGGCAGGAGGAGCCCCAGCUGGCAGGCAACCUGGAGGGCUUUCUGGCCAAGAUGAGCAGCCGCCUGCAGGAGGCGCAGGCCGACAGGAAAGUUCUGGAGCUGACCCUGAGGAAGCGGGACUCCGAUCACCAUAAUGAGGUCCAGAAGCUCUAUGAGGAAAUGGAGCAGCAGAUCCGCCGAGAGAAGCAGCAGCUACAGGCCGAGAGUGACUCCCGGGACCUGGCCUUCAGUUCCCAGAUACAGGAGGUCCUGGAGGCCAAGGAGCAUGAAGUGCAGCAGCUGACUGAGGGCCAGAGGGAGUUGGAGGCCCAGCUCCACCACCUCAGCAGCACACACCAGGAGGCCAGCUUGGAAAACCAGCAGCUUCGAGAGGCUGAGCGUGACCUGGCUGGGCAGCUGAAGGAGGUGCGGGGGCAGCUACAGGUGACCAGGGAGCACAUACACACUGCCAGGGGCCAUGUCUCCUGGCAGAUGGAGGAGGAACCCAGUGUCUCCGGAGCUGGUGAGGAGAAGGCACCAGACCUUCAGGCAGCCUCCUCCGAGGAGGUUUCCCUGCCCAGACUGUUUGGGGACAACGAUGACUGGGACCACCUCCUGAGUGACUUCAGCAGCACCCCACACAGAGCCCUGCAGCUCUCCUGGAGCACACCCCCAACCCCAGGAACCCCCUCAGGCUCCCAGGCACCCCGAGUGGUCAGGCAGAUCUCCAUCUCAGAGCCACAUACUUUGCUGUUUGGGCCGGAGCCAGCUUCAGAUUCAGACCCGGAGGGGGCUCCAAGGAGUCCCCCUGGGGUGCCUUCCAGAGCUGAGAGGAAAGCAGUGACCCCGGACGGGCAGGACAUUAGCCCAGAGCUGACUGUUGAGCCUCACAGCCCAGAACCUGAGGGGGAGCCUGGCCCUGGGGCCCUCUCCCACUGGAGUCCCCCAGGGGUCCCAGCUGGGGAUCCAGGGGGCCUGGUGGCAGCUGAGCUCAAAGAGCUCGUUCCUCUGGAGGACAGAUCCACUCCCAGUGUGGCCUCUCCCCAGCCGCAGGCCUCAUAUCCAGAUGACAAAGGCCCCGGGCCUGCGCCUGCCACCACCAAGUCACCCAGGCAUGGAGAGGCCCUCCAUCCAGCCCCACGCUCUGCUGGCCCGGGGCCAGGCCUGGGGUCCCUAGGAGCUAGAGCCCUCGCAGUAGGGCUGGCUGAGCCCCCCCAGGGUUUGGGGCCUGAGGGUCAAGCACCUGCAGAGGGAUUGGAGCAGGGCAAGCCGGGCCCACAUGUGCAAGAGGGCCACCCUGGGGGGCUAAGAGAAGCGCGUGGCCAGGCCCUUGGGCCAGACGGCCUGCCUGCCCUCCCCAGCCAGCAUCUGGAAGAGGAGCCCAGGGCUGAGGAAGGGAAAGAGGUGGACCAAGGAGGGCAAUACCUCAGUUCAGAGCAGUCAGCUGAGUCAGCCCAACUCACACAGCAAGAUUCUCUGCUGGCUGGUCUCCCAUGUGACAAACUCCAGGCUCAGGCUGAAGCAGAGGCCCCUGCUCCUGGAAAGCCAUCUCCUCCAAGAGGUUCUUCCCCCACAGGGACUCAGCCUGGCGAUGGAGCAGGGCCCCGGGAGUCCACACUAACCUUCCCCAGCUUGGCUGAGCUGGAAGCUCAGUCCACCGCUCCGCCCACAACUGCUCACACGGAAGGAGAACAAGGCCCUCCACAGUCCAGGCAGCCAGGGGCAGUCAAUAGGCCUGAUGGCCUAGGAAUGGACUCGGGAGAGGCUGGGCUGACCCCGUCCCCAGGGAGCCCCAUGGCCAGGGACCCUGAUUGCAUCUUCCAUGUCAUCUUCCUGGGAGACUCGAAUGUGGGCAAAACAUCCUUUCUGCACCUGCUGCACCAGAACUCCUUCGCCACUGGGCCGGCAGCCACUGUGGGAGUGGAUUUUCGUGUCAAAAACUUGCUGGUGGACAACAAGUGGUUUGCACUGCAGCUCUGGGACACAGCUGGCCAGGAGAGGUACCAUAGCAUGACACGGCAGCUGCUCCACAAGGCUGACGGGGUGGUGCUCAUGUAUGACAUCACCUCCCAGGAGAGCUUCACCCAUGUGCGCUACUGGCUGGACUGUCUCCAGGAUGCAGGGUCUGAUGAGGUGGCCAUCCUUCUCCUGGGAAACAAGAUGGACUGUGAGGAGGAACGGCAGGUGCCCACAGAGGCUGGGCAGCAACUGGCCCAGGAGCUGGGGGUCUCCUUUGGAGAGUGCAGCGCUGCCCUGGGUCACAACAUCCUGGAGCCCAUGGUGAACCUGGCCCGGUCCCUCAAGAUGCAGGAAGACCACCUGAAGGGCUCGCUGGUGGAGGUGGCCCCUGAGAGGCCACAGAAGAAGGCUGGCUGCUGCUCCUGACCACCUGGCCUGGCCAGAGUAGGGUAGCCACCGCCUUCGUUUUCCUGUUUCUCGGCUCCUGUCCCACCUUCCUGGACACAGCAGUGACAGAGGGGCCAUUGUGAAAAGUUCAGGAAAAUCCUCUUCAGGUCAGGAUUCAGAUCCCAGGGCAAGGGCUUUGCUAACACUGCCUUAGCACAAGAAGGGCUUUGCUGAGUAAAUAAAGUUUGGGGUAGGGGUCAGGGGUAAAACUCUUUAAAGGAAAAAUAUAGAAAAAUAACUUAAGGAAGAUAUACCAUGUUAUUGGCCACACAUCUCUGGGUGGUAAAAUUUUAGGGUGAAUAUGUGGGGGUGUUAUUUUCCUUUUCAUAUGUAUUUGUAUUUUCAGAUUUUCUACAAUGACUGGGUAUUCCUUAUAUAAUCAGAAAUAAAAAUAAAUGUUGAGGA